GGAAGACGCUGUUUGACCUAGAUUGCACAGCGCUUCCGACGAUCACACACGCUUUCAAGUUUCUGAAUGUAUUGUUUUUAGCCCAAUGGAUUACAAAAGAAAGCUCACUGAGGGGGCCCUGGUGCCGAGUAAAAAGCCAAGAAAUGAUAUGAUUGUUGAUUUAACACAUCAAGAGAGCAAUGCCUUGCUACAGACGGGCCCACCUAGAGUUUCUAACCUUGAGGCCCCCAUCAUGUUACUGACUGGCCAUGAAGGUGAUAUAUUCACCACCAAGUUUUCUCCAGACGGACAACUUCUCGCCUCCUCUGGAUUUGACAGGUUGAUUUAUUUCUGGCUUGUGUAUGGAGAAUGUGAAAAUAUUGCAGUCCUCAAGGGCCACACAGGGGCAGUAAUGGAGCUUCAGUUCUCCACAGAUGGAAACACAGUAUUUACGGCUGCCACAGACAAGACUAUUGCAUUAUGGGAUGUAGAGGUUGGUGAGCGCAUCAAGAAGUGCAAAGGUCACCAGAGUUUUGUAAAUUCAGUAAACGUUGCCAGACGAGGUCCCCAACUAGUCUGUAGUGGAAGCGAUGAUGGCACAAUCAAGUUAUGGGACUCCAGAAAGCGUGGAGAGUUACAGACCUUUCAGAGUACAUACCAAGUUACAGCGUGUACCUUCAAUGAUACAGCCGAGCAAAUCAUCUCGGGAGGUAUCGACAAUGACAUUAAGGUGUGGGACCUAAGGAAGAAUGAUAUGCUCUACCGACUACGAGGACAUGCUGAUACUGUGACGGGGAUGGAGCUGAGUCCUGACGGAUCCUACCUUCUCUCCAACUCUAUGGAUAACACAGUGAGAGUUUGGGACAUCCGACCCUUCGCCCCACAGGAGAGAUGUGUGAAAGUAUUACAAGGACAUCAACAUACAUUUGAAAAGAAUCUCCUGAGGUGUGCGUGGUCCCCGGAUGGAAGUAAAGUCUCGGCAGGGUCAGGUGAUCGUUAUGUGUACGUCUGGGAUACGACAUCACGCCGCAUCCUCUACAAGCUCCCUGGUCAUGCAGGAUCCGUGAAUGAAGUGGAUUUCCACCCAACAGAACCUAUCAUUGCAUCGUGUUCGAGCGACAAGAAGAUAUACAUAGGAGAGAUAGAAUAAGAAAAUAUGAUAGUGUUGUAUGGAGAGUGCUUGUCAAACUUUCACGAAUGAGGUGAUGUGUGUGGAAGAUUUGAUUGAUGAGGAGGAUAUGUGGAAGAUUUGAUUGAUGAGGAGGAUGUGUGUGGAAGAUUUGAUUGAUGAAGAUGUGUGGAAGAUUUCAUUGAUGAGGAGGAUAUUUGCUGCAAGAUUUAUAGAUGAAAGGGAUGUUUGCUGUAUAGAUGAGAUGUGUGUUGAAUGUUAAAGGAGGCUGUCAAACAUUUAUAGACGUGGAGGAUGUUAAUAUGGUCAUACAUUCAAGGUGUUUAUUAAAAAAAAACAAAAAAAACAUUAACGACAAAUCUGUUGUACCACAAUAUAAUGUUAAGAUGGGUUCUAUUUUUACUUAAAAAAUUUUGGCUAAAAUUAUGAAUUAGGAAAUGGACCAAAAUUCUGUGUUCAUUUUCUAUUCCAUAUGUCUGUUUUUCAUAACUUUAUUCUGUCGUCGAAAAAAGCAAAAAAAAAAAAAAAAAAAAAAUAGAACUGUUUGAAAAUACCUGGUAAUAGCAUUUGAAUUGUAUUAUACAUGUAUAUAAGUUCUCAUAACAUAUUGUCUGGCAUAUUGUUUGGACAAAGAUUUUCUUGUUUGUAUGGUAGAAGCAAAUUAUUCCCAUGUCUGUUUACUGGUACCAGGGUAUAUCACCCCUAUAUACAGCCAGACUUGGAGUCCCAUUGUAGUAGCUGGUGGCAACCUCACUCAACAACAUAUGGGAGGCCCAUUUUAUGUUAUCCACAGGAAUUGGGUAAAAUGUCUACCCAGGGACACAGUCACAUAGUAAAAGACUGCUCAUUAUCUCAACUUCCUUGAGAAACAAAAAUUGCUCUGGAUGCGAUUGAAAGCUCACCGCAGAUCUUUAGUGCAGGUUACAUUGACUGAUGCUCAACAGACAGAGCUAUCUUGUCCAUGCAUAAACAAAUAUUAAACAAUGAAUUUAUCCUACAUCACACUGUGAUGCACUGAACGUCUUAUUUUCAAACUAAUUUAUAAAAGUGCAGUCAGGAAAAUAUUAUAUGGAGAAAUCUUGAUCCCGGGGGUAGAAGGAAACCUGACCCAUGGAAUGAGAUUUCAAAAUCACAUUGGUGAAAUCUGUCGUGGAAUUUUAUCAAAAUAUCUCGGGCAUAAUAGUUACCAAGUUGAACAUAUUGUGAACAUUAAUAUAUUUAGUAAACAAUAUGGUUUCUCGCGAUCGAACACCACUGGAUAUGAAUUUCAUCUUUUUAUGACCACGUUCAUCAUCAACGGCAUUCCAUAAUUAGCCGUAGGUCUGUCAUGUGUUUGUGUAUGUAGAUCUGCAUUUUUAUGAAGUAGGCAGCAGUUUCAGGAGAACCUUUAUGUAUCUGACUCAAAAAAUGGAUAUUGACUCUUGAUUUGAAGGAACAUCUAUUCAACCCAGUUUAGUCUGUACAAUUUCCGGAAAAAAAUGGCAGAUUAGAUUUCAUAAAAUGGUAAUUGUCAAAUAUCAAGUGUUCACCGAAAGCCAUGAUUUGGGUUUUAUAGGGUUAUUCAAGAAUCAUCUGUGUGGGAGGCAUUUUUUCAGAGACCCCACCACCCAUCAAAUAUUAAGACAUAUUUAAGUAUAAGGAAAUAGAGAAAAGUGGGGAUUCACCCCACUCAUCAACUUUUUAUACAAGUUUAUCCCACAUAAUUCUGGAAUGGACUUUACCGUAUUUCAACAUCAACCCUAUAUUUUCAUUAAGUAUAUAUAUUUGUGUAAUUAAUUCUGGAACAGCCUUCAUCAGGUUUCACGGAUAUCAAUAAAUGAUUGGAUAUGAA